CCUCUCGUCUUCUACAACUUAUGCCGAAAACGACGACGUUUUAGGAUAUAGACGACACAGACCAUUGAACUUUGAUCCUUUGAAAGCUUCAUCUUCUCUCUUCCUCAUUCGCUCGUCCUCUAAUAAACUAUGCUCAGAACGACGGCUUCCCCAAUUUUCUCGUCGUUUACAGCUAAACCCAGAACCUCGAGGUUGAUUUUCAAAGCUUUCAGCGUCCUUCUCGAGGACACUCCACCAAGUGCUCGACGAAAUGCGUCAACCAAUCUAACAACCCUACACCAAGGCCCUCCAACAUCAGCCUACGUCCACCUCCCCUUCUGCCGCAAACGCUGCCAUUACUGCGACUUCCCCAUCAUAGCUCUUGGCUCCUCCUCUGCUUCCACCACUCUCCACGAGGAAAAAAGACAAGAAGAAGAAGACGACGACCCACGUAUCACAAACUACGUUAACUUGCUCGUUCGUGAAAUAAACGCGACAAGAACAGGUUUUGACGCAAACCCGAAUCUAAAGACUGUGUUUUUCGGCGGAGGCACGCCUUCUCUCGUCCCUCCGAAGCUUGUCUCUUUGGUCCUCGAAACGCUGAGUUCGAGUUUCGGGCUGUGUCCUGACGCUGAGAUAUCCAUGGAGAUGGAUCCAGGAACGUUUGGUGGCGAGAAGCUAAAGGAGUUGAUGGAGCUGGGAGUGAACAGAGUGUCUUUAGGUGUUCAAGCGUUUCAAGAUGAGCUUUUGAGAGCUUGUGGUAGAGCUCAUGGUGUCUCUGAAGUGUACGAGGCUAUAGAGAUUGUUAAGUCAUGUGGAGUUGGGAAUUGGAGUAUGGAUCUUAUAUCUUCUCUGCCUCACCAGACGUUGGAGAUGUGGGAAGAGAGUUUGAGAUUAGCUAUUGAGUCUCAGCCAAGUCAUGUCUCUGUGUAUGAUCUGCAAGUGGAACAAGGCACGAAGUUUGGAAACGUGUACACUCCAGGACAGUCUCCUCUCCCUUCAGAAACACAAUCAGCAGAGUUUUAUAAAACAGCAUCAUCGAUGCUCCGUGGUGCAGGUUAUGAGCACUACGAAGUCAGCAGUUACUCGAAAGACGGGUUCAAAUGCAAACACAACUUGAUAUACUGGAAGAACAAGCCCUUCUAUGCUUUCGGUUUGGGUUCAGCUAGUUACGUUGGAGGGCUGAGGUUUUCAAGGCCAAGGAGGCUUAAGGAAUACACAAACUACGUCGCUGACUUGGAGAACGGCGCAGCGAACUGGUGUGGAGACGGUAGUGUUGAUCUCAAGGAUGUUGCCACAGACAUUAUAAUGCUAUCUUUCAGGACAUCUAAAGGGCUUGAACUUAAGGAGUUUGGAGAGGCUUUUGGGAGAAAGGUAGUGAACUCGAUCUGUAAAGUGUAUGAGCCUUAUGUGGAGAGUGGGCAUAUUGUUUGUUUGGAUGGUAUGAGAAGAGAAGUAGUGAGUGAUGAAUUCAAAAAGUUUUUAGUUGGGAAUGAUGAAGUGAAGAUUGAAGAUCAUGUGAGGUACCUUAGGCUGAGAGAUCCAGAUGGUUUCCUACUCUCUAAUGAGUUGAUAUCUCUAGCCUUUGGUGUCAUAUCUCCUUGAGUUGAUAACAUUGAAAGGUGGUUCUGUACAUCCUUAGUAACACAGAUUGUGUGUGAAACUGGAUAUUAUCAUUCAUAGUUUGGAGACACUAUAAUUUACAUAAAUGUUUCCUUUAUAAACUCCAAAAAACCAGAAGUAGAGUUUGAUCCUAAGAAACUGAGAAGCCUUUGAUGAUAAAGAAAGAAACUAUCCCUUA